AUGGGUGGUCUCUCACGCGAGGUGAAAGCAUCAAGCUCCGCACAAAGUUUUGCGGAAGAAAACAAACAUCGAGCGGACCGCGGGAACUGGACUGUAAAGCCACGACGUCAUUUACAAACGUUGAAAAAAAUGUUACUUUUGCUCCCGUUGCUGUGUUUCCUGACAUUGCCACCGGUCCGAGGCCGCAUCGAAGGAACGUGUCUCCGAAGAGCGCCGCCCGCUGGUGUGUUGGUGUUAACCACUGGGAGUAGUUUGGUGCUGACCUGCAGUGGUGAAGUGAAGGUCAACGGAGUCAAGGUCAACGUGUCUCACCACAACCUCCACGGAGGGUCAGCUCCAACAACCAGAAGCCCUGUACCCAGCAGCACUGUCCGGAUCAGAGACACAACAGCGUCGCACCAUUCUGUGACUGAAGCCCUCAGCGAGUCCCCUGAAGCAGAACCCACCACCUCAGAAGGUCCCUUCUCAACUCAACCUGUGCGACCACCAAGUCUGAGCAGAGUGGUGAUGGACAGAGACAUUUUGGGCGAAAAUAACAGAGGAACAAGACGAAUACAUGCGGCGCCGCUGUGGAGGUGGGAUGGCAGGACGAUGGGAAGAGGACACACCAAACAGCAAGGAGUCUCAUGGACGUAUGGAGGGAGUUCCCUGGUUCUGAACUCAGUGAGAGCCAACGAUUCUGGGAACUUCUCUUGCCAUCACAGAGGAAGACAACUCUUCACAGUUAAAGUAGUCAUUGCUGAUCCUCCAGAGACCCCGACUCUUUCCUGUUACAAAAAGUCCCCCAGCAGCAAAAUCCGUUGCGAGUGGUCCCCUCAGAAUCGUUUCUCUGCCCGCCCCAACUGCACCCUCUGGCUCAGUAAAAGUCGAACGCUGGCCUACCUGCCUCACCAGUGCUCGUACUGGACCAAGACGUCUCGCUGCGGCUGUGCUGUCGACCAAUAUGAGGAUGAGCUGAGGGACCUUCAUUUCGCCUACCUGUGCGUAACAAACGUCGCCGGGAACGUCACCAGCCCCAUCCUUCCGUUCAUCCCUCUCAAUAUACUGAAGCCGGACCCACCGUCUUCUGUGUCAACACAACCGGAGGAAGGUCACCCGACCUGGAUCAAGGUGUCGUGGAGUUUACCUGUUUCGUGGAAGUCUCAGGACUAUUAUGUCUUAGUCUAUGAAGUCAAGUACCAUCCUGAGAUGCCUUCGUACUCACACGGACAGGUCGCUUUCAUGAAGGAUCAAAGGUCGUACACCAUCAUGGACGCCAUCCCUGGUGUGCUGUAUGUGAUUCAGGUGCGGACUAAAGAAGAGUACGACGGUCAGUGGAGUGGAUGGAGUUUGCCGGUCUAUGCCAGCGGCUGGAAAGAGCCAGCUGAGACACACGGUUAUGAUGAGCUUUUCUCCACUGUGCCAACAUACGAAGAUGAAGGCUUCUCGGGAACUGGACCCAACCCCAUUGACGGACUGUCGGACUCACCUGAAACCACCGUGGAAGUUUCUCAUCACAUUGUGUGGAUCAUCGUCUCAUUUCUCGUCCUUUCACUCGUCGUGGUCGCCUUCAUGUGCAGAAGCCGGGCAAGAUUUCUGUUGAAGCUCCACAGUCUCGCAGCUCUCAAACACUUCGACGGGUCGUCUCAGCCGCCAGCGGCACCGAAGGACUGUGCACUGGUGACGGUGGCACCCCCAACAUUUCAGGAACCCCAGCUGGAUGAAGAGGAAGAUGAGGAAGAACAGACAGCAACCGAGAGAACAGAAGCCAUUCAUUUCAACAACACAACUUAUUUCAGGAUCCCAAGGGAGUAAGGAAACUCUGUUGUGAAAUGUUUUUUAAAAGCCUGAUACAUUGGACUGUUUUUUUUUUUCUUUUUUCAUAAUGAAUCCCAAGUUAAACCAGUGAAGAAGAACUGAAUUACCUCUAAAUACAUAAAUAAAGAAGCUAGUUUAAGUCAUACCUCUGUGACCUGCGAUGGAGAUGGAGUCCAGAAAUAAGCAACAAAAACGGAUGUAUAUGCAGCUUCAAAUUAUGUGUUGUCAAUAUCUAUAACUAUAUAUGUCUAUAAUUAUUAUUGUGUAAAAAACAUGCUCUGUGCUCUGCCAAUAAUUCUCUAACUGUGGAGAUGCUCCUGCUCUGUCCUCUCUGUGAACUGGAUGUUUUUGUGCGUGUAA